UUGGCGGAGGAAGCUGAAUCUGGUUCACACCGUACGCAGGAAAGCACUUGCCGCUAACCUUUAAAGUGGUCUCGUAUCAACCGCACAUAAAACAAUCUAGCCGGCUACUUGCUCAUUCCGUCGCAGUUCAUUCCGUAAGAUAUGAUGACCUCUUCACGCAAUGAUGUGUAUGGACUUCCACCCGAACAAGCGGAUGAGCCUCAAGACUUCCAGUAUGCACAAGAUAUGUUGAAGAGCUCCCCUCAACAACGACAGGAGCAACAACCACACCAACUCACUUCCGAGAGCCUGGACCAAGCUCUGGCGGCAAUUCUUGGUUCGGAAGAAAGCGAAAUAGCAUAUGCAGAUAUGGGCUCUGAUAUCACAAUGGUGACGCCGACGCCUCAGGUAGUGCUUUCCGAUUCGGACACAAACGGCAUGGGUACGCCCCUCUUCGGAUCCAUGCCAGCAUUAGGCCAAAACAAAUAUCCUUCCUCACCAGAGAACGGUCUCUAUGCCUCUGUACCACAACUCACGGUGAACUUUGAGAACACAUCAUAUCAGUACCCCCAGUGGCAUGAUCGCGAGGAGAGGUCGUCAGUGUACAGCGAAUCGGAUAACGACUCCAUUUCGGUUUCUUCUGGUGCGCCAUCGCCGUUCAUGGGACCUGUCGAUUUUGGACACCAGCAGUAUCCAAGCAUCAAUUUGAGUGCGCCUUUUCUGGAAGUUCCUUCCCGACAAUCGAGACGUUCCAGUGCAAGUUCUUUAAGCGGGUUCGAAGAUUUGACACUAGGUGACGAUGCAAGCGACGAUGGUUAUUUGACUCCAUCGCAGUAUGAUCCGCAGUUUACGAAUAUCGUCCAAUUGACAUCUCCUAUGAUUCACGCAAUUCCAUCCCCUUCCACAUCGCCCGCCCCGGGUCCUUCCUACUCACCUCAUUCGGCGUACUCAAUAUCACCAUAUCCAACCCCCAAUAAUAUCGAGCUUCCUGCUACUGCUAUUACACAGUUUCUGGAUUACAAUGGGACAGGGUUGGGGUCAGACUCGAUGUUUGGAAAUGUGGAAGAAAAUCCAGUGGCCCAAACUGAUCUUCAUCGAUCAAUCUCGUUUGAUGACCUAAUGUCGGAAUUUCAAAAGUACGAGCAAGGCGUAUCACCCCAGUUUCCUCAAACCGAUCAACGAACCACUCUGUUGCAACAGCAAUUUGGGCAGUCUGUCUUAUUGGGCCACCCUACACCUCCGGAUCAGUAUGAUCCAUCAUCUGAAGCCGGUUACAUCCUUUCCUCGAAGACUACGUCGACCACUCUAUCGACGACGCCCUCGUCAUCGUCCCUUUUACAGGAACAAGUCAAGCGAGAGGAACUCGAGGUACCGUCGCCGCCACCCGAGCGACGAGGGUCGCCGGUACCUCCCAACCCAGACAUGCCGCCAUUACCAAAGCCGUCGCAGAUGGCAGUCAAAACGCAGCGACAAACCUUGUACCAGUGUCCUUACCCAGAUUGUGGAAAGACAUUCACGCGCCCGUACAAUCUAAAAUCCCACUACCGAUCACAUACGGGCGAAAGACCAUUUGUGUGCGAGCACUGUCCCGCAACAUUUUCUCGUAAACACGAUCUAAAACGACAUUCUAAACUACACGAGGGCCUCAAACCGUACAUGUGUAUAGCCUGCCAUAAGGCAUUUGCACGAAGCGAUGCCCUACGACGUCAUUUGAAAGCGGGCGAGCCUGGAAAAGAAAGUCCGUGUUCUUUAAAGAUUAAAAAUGGACAGGUUGAGGGAGCUGGGGGGAUCGCAGGGGUGCCACGGCUGGAAGAUUUUCUGGACUCACUCGAUAGAGAAGGAGCACCUGUUGAAAGUUGAAACACAAAAGCGUCAAUGUCAUAGAAUAUCAAUUAGUUGAUUUAUGCUGUCACAACUUGUGCAGUGAUCCUGUAUUUCCGUUGCAUUUUAAAUUUUCAUGAUCAUGAUUGUAUGUAAAAUUGUAGCAGAAGGGAGCUGCUCGUGAAAUUAACUUUUCAUGCCAAA